AUGAAGAGUCUCUCAUCGUUCAGGUCGAGGGGAUAUAUAGUGCGAGCGUUCAAUACCUCAGUCUCGACGGCCGCCGCUGGCGUCCGAUGCGAUGUUAGAUACCUCGGGUGUAUGAGCGUUAAGGGUCAGGACCUCAUCGGCUCUCUCACAAGCACAGGUGAAGAACCGAAGCUACAUAUCCGCGUACAUAAUCUCCAGCUUGUGGAGCGACGCCUCGAUGCGGAUAUGGAUGAGAUCGAGCAUAGCAUUUCCACCUGGCACAUAACCCAAAAAGCGGAACCCUAUGGCGGGGAGCAUGAACCCUCGCAUGGCGAUCAGAUUCAUGUCAUAGCCGACAAAUGGACCGUAAGAUUUCUAUCUGCUCUUGUCAAGAUGCAGCAGCCGAGGGUGAAAUACUGA